AUGAGUGUUACAUUUGAAAAGACGUUCCGUAGGGAUGCCUUGAUUGAGAUUGAGAAGAAGUAUCAAAAGAAAUGGGAGGAAGACAAAGUGUUUGAAAUCAACGCCCCAACUUUUGAGGAAUGCCCCACGGACAACAUCGAUGAGGUGAGAGAGAAAUACCCCAAAUACUUUGCUACCAUGGCUUACCCUUACAUGAACGGUGUUUUGCAUGCGGGCCACGCGUUUACUUUAUCCAAGGUUGAGUUUGCCACAGGAUUUGAAAGAAUGAAUGGAAAGCGGGCAUUGUUCCCUUUGGGAUUUCAUUGUACCGGUAUGCCGAUCAAGGCAGCGGCCGAUAAAAUCAAGAGAGAAGUGGAAUUAUUUGGACCCGACUUUGCUGGAGCACCUGCAGAGGACGAAUCUAUUGAGCAAAAAGUGGAAACUAAAGCCAAGAGAGAAGAUGUGACCAAGUUCAGCUCUAACAAGUCCAAGGCAGCUGCCAAAACAGGAAGAUCCAAAUUUCAGUUUGAAAUCAUGUUGCAAUUGGGUAUUCCAAGGGAAGAGGUUGCAAAAUUUGCCAACACGGAUUACUGGCUUGAGUUUUUCCCACCUUUGUGCCAAAAAGAUGUUUCUGCCUUUGGCUCUAGGGUUGAUUGGAGACGUUCCAUGGUUACCACCGAUGCUAACCCAUACUAUGACGCAUUUGUCAGGUGGCAAAUCAACAGAUUGAGAGAUUGUGGUAAGAUCAAAUUCGGAGAGAGAUAUACCAUUUACUCUGAGAAGGACGGCCAAGCUUGUUUGGACCAUGAUAGACAAUCAGGUGAGGGUGUGACGCCACAGGAAUAUGUUGGUAUCAAAAUCAAGGUUGACGAGUUUGCUCCAGCCGCAGAAGAGGUUUUGAAGAAGGAGAAUGUUGACUUGAACAAUAAAACGGUUUAUCUUGUUGCCGCUACAUUAAGACCCGAAACUAUGUAUGGUCAAACAACUUGUUUUGUGAGUCCAAAGAUAGAUUACGGUAUAUUCGAUGCUGGAAAUAACGAGUACUUUAUCACAACAGAGCGUGCUUUCAAAAACAUGUCGUUCCAGAAUUUGACUCCAAAGAGAGGUUAUUAUAAACCCAUUGCAACCAUUAACGGUAAAGCCUUGAUUGGCUCAAAGAUUGAUGCUCCUUUGUCGCAAACCAAGAAUUUGAGAGUCUUGCCUAUGGAAACUGUGAAGGCCACAAAAGGUACUGGUGUUGUUACGUGUGUGCCCUCAGACUCUCCAGAUGAUUACAUCACUACAAAGGAUCUUGCAAACAAACCAGAGUAUUAUGGAAUCGAGAAAGAGUGGGUACAUACCGAUAUCAUUCCUAUCGUACACACUGAAAAGUAUGGAGACAAGUGUGCUGAGUACUUGGUAAACGAGCUAAAGAUCAAGUCACCUAAAGACGCAUUGCAAUUAGCUGAAGCAAAGGAGUUAGCCUACAAGGAAGGUUUUUACAACGGUACCAUGAUGGUUGGUAAAUAUAAAGGCGAGAAAGUUGAGGCAGCAAAGCCAAAAGUUAAGGCCGAUAUGAUUGCUUCAGGUGACGCAUUCGUGUAUAGUGAACCGGAAAACCAGGUCAUUUCAAGAUCCGGUGAUGACUGUUGUGUUUCUUUGGAAGACCAAUGGUUUAUUGAUUACGGUGAAGAGGUUUGGUUGGGUCAAGCUUUGGAGUGCCUCAAAGAUAUGGAAUUGUUUUCUAGUGAAACAAGAAACGGCUUUGAAGGUGUCUUUGCUUGGAUGAAGAACUGGGCAGUCACUAGAAAGUUUGGAUUGGGAACUAAAUUGCCUUGGGACCAUCAAUAUUUGGUUGAAUCGUUAUCGGACUCAACAGUUUACAUGGCUUACUACACUAUUGAUCGCUUCUUGCAUUCAGACUACUAUGGGAAAGUUCCAGGAAAAUUCAACAUAAAGCCAGAGCAAUUGACCGACGAAGUUUUUGAUUUCAUCUUUACUCGUCGUGAUGAGGUUGAAACUGAAAUUCCACUUGAUCAGUUAAAGGAGAUGAGAAGAGAAUUUGAGUAUUUUUACCCAUUGGAUGUGAGAGUUUCGGGUAAGGAUUUGGUUCCAAAUCACUUGACUUUUUUCAUUUACACUCACGUAGCUUUGUUCCCAAAAAGACUUUGGCCAAAAGGUGUCAGAGCAAAUGGACAUUUGUUGUUGAACAAUGCCAAGAUGUCGAAAUCCACUGGUAAUUUCAUGACUUUAGAGCAGAUCGUGGAGAAGUUCGGAGCUGAUGCAUCUAGAAUUGCCAUGGCGGAUGCAGGGGAUUCGGUAGAAGAUGCAAAUUUCGACGAGGCCAACGCCAAUGCUGCCAUCUUGAGAUUGACAACAUUGAAAGAUUGGUGUGAGGAUGAAUUGAAGAACCAGAAUGAGUUGAGAACUGGCGAUUACGAUUCCUUCUUUGACGAGGCAUUUGAAAAUGAAAUGAACGAGUUGAUUGAAAAAUCUUACUACCAAUACACUUUGAGCAAUUACAAGCAAGCAUUAAAGUACGGUUUAUUUGACUUCCAGAUUGCAAGAGAUUUCUACAGAGAGUCGGUCAACUCUGCCUCAAUUGGAAUGCACAAGGAUCUCGUUUUGAAAUAUAUCGAAUAUCAAGCAUUACUUUUGGCCCCUAUCGCCCCUCACUUUGCUGAAUAUCUUUAUAAAGAAGUGUUGGCAAAAGAAGGAAGUGUUCAAACUGCUCAGUUCCCUAAGCCUUCCAAGCCUGUGUCCAAGUCCAUUUCUGAAUCUUUGGAGUAUGUGAGACAUGUAGCUCGUGCCAUUCGUGAGGCCGAAGGUUCUGGUUUGAGAAAAAAGAAGGGUAAAGCUGAUUUGGAAACAGGAGAUUCGGUCAAAUUGACAAUCUUGGUUUCAAACACUUUCCCUGACUGGCAAGAAAACUAUAUUGAAUUUGUGCGUGAGUUGUUUGAUGCUCAGAAACUUUCUGAUAACAACUUGAUCAAGGAAAAGGUUGGUAAGGACAUGAAGAGAGCCAUGCCUUUUAUCAACCAGUUGAAAAUCAGGCUUAAUACUGAAGAUCCAAAGAUUGUGUUCAAUCGUAAAUUGAACUUCAACGAGGUAGACACUUUGAAGAAGGUUGUAAAUCUCAUCAAGAACUCGCCCUACUCGAUCAAGGUCAAGGAGUUGCAAAUCAUUGCGUUUGAUAACGGAAGUGAAAACGGGAAGGACGUUUUGACUGGUGGAGAUGUUGUCGUUGACAUCAGGGGCAAGGUUAAAGAUGCUGCGGUCCCCGGUUUCCCUGGAAUUUCACUCAAGAAAGUUGAGGCUUGA